AUGAAUUGUUCAGAUGAGAUUUUGGAUUCGGUUUUAUUUUUUUUUUUUUUUUCGUUCUGGAGAGACUCAUCAUUAUUAUUAAUUAUAUUUCAAAUACAGCUUAACAUACUAAUGUUUCGUCAACUUCUACAUGUUGGCAAACGAUACCUCUCAAAUGAAAAUCCUUUGAAACCAACUGUAUUUGCUUUAUCAACCAAAUUUGGUAAAUCUGCAAUAGCAGUGGUGAGAAUCUCCGGUCCUCAAUCAAAGUACAUCUACCACAAGUUGACGAACUCAACUAAGCCACCUAAAAACAGAAUUGCCAGUGUUCGUAAGCUAUAUUCAUUUGGGCACCGUUGCAAUCAGAAGUCGGUUUUCUUAGAUGAAGCUCUAACCUUAUUUUUACCUGGUCCCAAAACUUACACUGGAGAAGACUUAUUAGAAUUGCAUCUACACGGAGGUGUUUCAAUCAUCAAAUCUGUAUUGCAGUCGAUCAAAAACUUACAUGAUCCCAGUAAUGGAAUAAUGAUUAGACAAGCAGAUAGGGGAGAGUUUUCCAAACAAGCUUUCUACAAUGGCCGACUAGAUUUAACUGAAUUGGAAGGGAUAAAUGAUAUGAUCAAUGCUGAGACUGAACUGCAAAGGUUGGCGAGUUUAGCAUCACUGUCUGGACAGACCAAAAUAGAAUUUAUGAAUUGGAGAAAUGAAAUUGUUAACCAAAUGGCUAAUUUGACAAUGAUUAUUGAUUUUGGUGAGGAUCAUGAUAUUGAGGAAACUGACCAGAUCAUACAAGAUGUGAAAGAGAAUAUUGCAAAAAUUGAAUUGGAAAUUAAAGCUUAUUUGUUAAAAGUAAAGUCACUGCAAAUUUUGCUAAAUGGUAUUCAAUUGGCAUUAUUAGGACCACCAAAUGCUGGGAAAUCUUCUAUAUUGAACAUAUUAGCAAACAAAGAUGCUGCUAUUGUCAGUGAGAUUGCAGGAACUACGAGAGAUAUUCUUGAUAUACCAUUGGAAAUUGGGGGAUAUAAGGUGGUUGUUGGUGACACUGCGGGCAUCCGAUCAUUUGAAGAAGCCGACUCUAUUGAGCAGGAAGGGAUCAAACGAGCGAAAAAGAGGUCGAUGUUAGCAGAUUUGGUGAUUGUGGUACUAGAUCCUAUAUCCGUGGAAAAAGAUCCCUUGGAAUUGAAAGAACAUCUAGAAGCACUAGUUAAAGAAAACAAACAAAUACUAAUUGUGUUGAAUAAGCAAGAUCUAUUUGUAAGUCGAUCAGAGGAAAUGAUUUCAAAAUAUUCUCAGGUUUUUAAUUUACCUAAGAACUAUUUUUAUGUAGUUUCGUGCUCAACUGGAUCAGGAAUUGACAAUCUUCAAAAGGCAUUGAUUGAAAAAUUCAAAGACUUAUCUCAGUCAGAAACUUCUGAUCCUAUUAUUGUUUCUUCUCGAGUACAAGAUAUUUUGGAGAACGAUAUUUUAUUUGGAUUCAAAGAGUUUUAUCAGUGGGCAGACGCAGACGAUGUUCUUCUAGCAGCAGACUGUCUUCGUCAAUCAGUUGACGGGAUAGGAAAAAUCACUGGGCAAUCGAUUGAUUUAGAAGAAAUCUUGGACGUUGUUUUUUCAAGUUUUUGUAUUGGUAAAUAG